GUGACCCAAAUCUUAAUAGUAACCCUACUCUUUAUGGGCUCUCCCACAACUACCACGCGCCCCACAAGCGCGUUCCCCCAGCAUAUUCCUUCUGCACACACCGAAUCUAGCAACUUCUCGCUCGCUCUUUCUCUUUCUCUCUCUCUCUCUCUCUCUCUACCUCUCCGAGUCUCAACUGCCGUUUGCCUCGCCGCUUUCCAAGGCUUCUCGAAACAAAACAAAACAAACAGACCGAAUCAAUCUCCCUCUCUCUAAGAAGUGCGUGUUCUUUCAUUGUUUCAUAUGUUUGAUUGUAACAGUCUUUUCUGGCAAAACCACUUCCGCGAAAACAUUCUUAAUUUCUGUUACGAAACUUGGUUCCUGGUUUUCCGGCAGCUUCCAAAUUGGUAUUCUGGGAGACCAAGAUGGAGAAAGAGCCUCUGCUACCGUAUCUAAGCCCAAGAAAAAGACCACCAUCGGUGCUAGCGCCACUCCCUGAAGACAACGAGAUCUCUCUCCCUCUAACCCCUUCUGCGCUCAAAGACCGCCUCAUCUUUGGCCCUUCAUCUUCCCCACAAGAAUCCUCCCCAAUUGUUGAUGCCUUGACCCUUUCUCUCAGCUCCCCAAGACCCUCUCCUUCUUCUUCUUCAUCUUCUUUAGACACCACUACCCUGCUAGACCCUCAAUCACAAUCUCUGUUACAGUCUUCACAAGCUUGGCUCAUCGACCCCAAUUAUUCAUGGACCAAGACCAAUCUCCACCGCUCCAAAACAGCGCCAGCUAUGGCGGUUAUCAACGAAAUUAACAACCCUUCUUCGCCUAGACCGCAACUCGGCUCCCAAUCGAUUGUGGGCCAAGCGUGUGUGCUUCUUAUUUUGUAUUUAUCCUUGGGAGUGGUUAUAUAUUGGUUUAACAGGGACAAUUUCACGGCGACUGAGACGCACCCAGUUGUGGAUGCUCUGUAUUUUUGCAUUGUGACAAUGUGCACAAUUGGUUAUGGUGAUAUUACACCGGCUAGCACAGCAACCAAGUUGUUUUCCAUAAUGUUUGUGUUGGUGGGGUUUGGUUUUAUUGAUAUUCUGCUUACUGGGAUGGUGAGCUAUGUGCUUGAUUUGCAGGAGAGUUAUUUGUUGAAGACUGUGAAGGGUAGGGGUGAGAAGGAUACGGCGAGGUCGUAUUUAGUGGAUGUGAAGAAGGGGAGGAUGAGAAUUAGGAUGAAGGUGGCUUUGGCAUUGGGGGGUGUGUACGUCUAA